CCGAGUUAAACUCCGUGCGGCUGUAUGUGCCGCUGUUGGGAACCUUACUGGGGCUGGGUACCCUGUGCCCCAACCCCAUGGCUCCUUUUGAGCCUUGUGUGUGCAGCUCCAUUUGGCCUGCUGGGAGAAGAGACUCGCCAGAUAUCUAUGGAGGUUAUUUCCGGCGGACCAAAUCCCCAGAACCUGCUUCAUAUCAGGGCAGUGGGCACCAACUCCACCCUGCACUAUGUAUGGGGCACCCUAGGGCCUCCAGCUGUGGUGCUGGUGGCCACCAACAGCACGCAGAGUGUCCUCAGUGUCAACUGGAGUGUCCUGCUGUCUCCUGAUCCCGAUGGGGGUCUGAUGGUGUUCCCCAAGGACAGCAUCCAGUUUUCUUCUGCUCUUGUCUUCACCAGGCUGCUUGAAUUUGACAGCACCAAGGUCUCCGAAGGGGCAGCCCAGCCCCCAGGAAAGCCAUACCCUCCCUACUCCUUGGCUGAGUUCUCCUGGAACAGCUCCUUGGACCACACCACUCUGAGCUCCGCUUUCCAAGGCCACCCUAUAGAUGACCCUACUGGAGCAUUUGCCAAUGGCAGCCUGGCCUUCAAGGUCCAGGCCUUUCCGGGAUCUGGCCGACCUGCCCAGCCCCCUCGCCUCCUGCACAGCACAGACUCCUGCCAGCUAGAAGUUGCCCUGGUUGGAGCGUCUCCUCGUGGAAACCACUCCCUGUUUGGCAUAGAAGUGGCCACCUUGGAUACUGGCCUUGGCUGCCCAUCCUUGAAAGAGCUGCACUCCAUCGACGAUGAGUACGCACCUGCUGUCUUCCAGCUGGACCAGUUGUUAUGGGACUCUUCACUAUCUGGCUUCAUGCAAUGGCGACCAGUGGCUUUCUCACAGAAGCAGCGGGGUCGAGAAUCAGCCCUCCCCUGCCAGGCGUCCUCCCUUAACUACACCUUGGCACAAUCGCUCCCUCACUCACCUGUUGUCCAAGCCUUCUUUGGGUCCCAGAAAAACUUCUGUGCCUUCACUCUGACAUUUGGGGCUCCCACAGGCCCUGGCUACUGGGAUGAACACUAUCUCUCCUGGUCAAUGCUUCUGGGAGUGGGUGUCCCUCCAGUGGACGCCUUAUCCCCACUCGUCCUCGGAAUCAUGGCAGUGGCCCUGGGAACUCCAGGGCUCCUGUUGCUGGGGGGAGGCCUGUUUCUGCUGCUGCGACACAAGCCGUAUUCUGAGUACCAGUCCAUCAACUGAACUGCAGACGGAGGGGCAGGACCACAUGCCUUGCUGUGCCUCACACCUUGGAGGGAAGAGGGGCAGUGCUGUCAUCUGCUUUUCUGCAGAACCUCAAAAGCCAGCCUCAGCUCACUGGGGCUCCCUGGGAGAGGCUAGAAUUACUGGGAAAAGGAAGGGCCCCCUGAUGUUCCUUCUCUGUCAUUUACCACUCUCCUUUCCCGUGGGUAAGACUUGAAGGCCUACAGUGAGCGACUGGUUGGCUGCCCUAAGGUGCAUGAAAUAGACAUAUUUUUCCCAAAAAAGA